GCCGUCGCCAACGGAGGACAAAACUACACUUCCCAGCAAAUAUUGCGCGCCCACGCAUGCGCCGUGCCGAUCCUGUCGCAGGGUUUUGUCGUCACGGAGCGGCUUUUUCCUCCCCCCUGUAGACACGGUUGAAAUGGAGGAUGGUCAGCUUUGUGUGUUGUGGGGUUUAAUCUCUUUUCUGUAAAUAUUUUCACAAGUUAGAUUUCAGGAUGAUCCUGACUAAAGUCAUAACCACUUUAUCGAGAUUUAACGUCGUUUCAAUCGGGUCAAAAUGAACACUUAUUAAUUGAAUCUAAAGGGCCAUCGUUCUCAGUCUGCAUUUGUAAACUAAACCUCUGAAGUUAGGUCAACUAACGUCGAUUUAUUUUUUAAUUCAGCUGCUUACAAUCUAUAAGAUAACUGUUUUUAAAACUAUGUCAGAAAAUUGGCUACUUGGAACUUUCUUUUUUAUUGCAAUAACGAACUUUGUAGUUGAAAGUACAUUCACAGUAAGUCAAAGGAGAAGUUUAGUUUGGGGACCUGGAUUGGAGGCAAACAUAGUUCUUCCAGCUCGAUAUUUCUAUAUUCAGGCAGUAGCAGAGGACAAUGUCAACUUUACUUCUUCACCAGGUGAAAAUACAUUUACAGUAAAUAUUUAUUCACCUGGCGAGCAAUUCACUAGGAUUUGGACACAAGUGUUGGACCGGAAAGAUGGAUCAUUUCUUGUCAGAUACCGAAUGUAUUCAAGCUACAGAGGUUUGGUAAUUGAGGUUAAAUUCCAAGAUGAACAUGUUGCUCAGUCACCAUAUGUUUUAAAAGGCCAUGUGUACCAUGAAUCAUGUGACUGUCCACAAGAAGAUGGAACCAAGUGGUACAAGGACAUGCACUGUCCACAGUCUUUUUCACAGAUAGAACGAGAUUUGGCCCAUUUUCCUUUUGUAGAUCCAGACAGAAUUUCUGCAGAAAUUGCGAAAAGAUUUGGACAAAGGCAAAGUCUGUGCCAUUACACAGUAAAAGACAAUAAGGUUUAUAUAAAAACAUUCGGAGAACAUGUUGGCUUCCGAAUAUUCAUGGAUUCUAUUUUGCUGUCUCUGACCCGAAAGGUAAAAAUGCAAGAUGUAGAGUUCUUUGUAAAUCUCGGUGACUGGCCUUUAGAAAAGAGAAAAACUACCGAGAAGCUUCACCCUAUAUUUUCCUGGUGUGGGUCAGAUAACACAAGAGAUAUUGUAAUGCCAACAUAUGACAUUACUGAUUCAGUUCUAGAAACUAUGGGACGAGUAAGUCUGGAUAUGAUGUCUGUUCAGGCCAACACUGGUCCUUCUUGGGAAAACAAAAAUUGUACAGCAUUUUGGAGAGGACGUGACAGCCGAAAGGAGCGUCUAGAGCUUGUAAAACUCAGUAUCAAACAUCCUGAUUUGAUUGAUGCUGCAUUUACAAACUUUUUCUUUUUCCCUCAUAAUGAAAGUAUUUAUGGUCCAAUUGUAAAACAUGUGUCAUUUUUUGAUUUUUUCCAGUACAAGUAUCAAAUCAACAUUGAUGGCACUGUGGCAGCAUACAGGAUGCCUUAUUUGCUCGCAGGUGGUGGUCUUAUCCUAAAGCAAGAUUCAGUCUACUAUGAACAUUUCUACAAUGACCUGCGACCAUGGGAGCAUUAUAUUCCGUUUAAGAAUGAUUUAAGUGAUCUUUUGGAUAAGAUUCUGUGGGCAAAAUCUCACGAUGAAGAGGCCAAGAUGAUUGCAAAAGCUGGGCAGAACUAUGCUAGAAACAAACUUAUGGCAGAUCACAUCUUCUGCUACUAUUAUAAACUUUUCCAGGAGUAUGCUGAUCUUCAGGUCAGUGAACCAAAGAUAAGAGAUGGUAUGGAACCAGUGGACCAGCCAAAAGAUGACCUUUUCCCUUGUGUAUGUCAAAGAACAAAGGCAAAAGAUGAACUUUGACACCCUGUAAAGAAGAACUUGACCCCACAGCUGAAGGACAAUGGAACAAUAUGGUGAUGUAGAUGUCAGUUUCCAGUUUGAACUGCAUAAAGAUACUGCAAUUCUGGAACGCUUACAAGAUUCUGUGGGAGCUGCUGUGAAAACACCACUACAAUUGAAAGGAGAUGCCUCAUUGUUGCCCACAAGACUGUUACUCAGCUGAUUUUUUUUUUAUUAAUACAUCAUGUAAAAUUUUUAAUUUUAAAAAUUGCUCUAUUUCAAAUUCAACA